AUGUUCGAUGGUGGUCACGACAGUAGUGACGACGGCAACGAGCGCAUCGAAGAGGGUGCAUUGAAUAGGCAGGACAGUGCAAAUCAAAGUUCUGAUCGAGAGUCACCUGAUGAGUUAGUGCGAGCAGGAGCCGAUGUCAAUUUACAGCUCGGGAUUCGGAAUGGUGUACGACAGUUCCUCCGAAUAUUGAAUGCGCGAGUCAGAAAUGGAAACAAUAGAGCCAUGGAUGCGGCUAUGCGUGAUUUAGACUCUUCAGAAGAGGAAUCAUUCGACGAAGAGGACGGUCCCGCUUCUGAGAGCAAUGGUGGUGAAGCGAAUCCAAACUUCGAUGUGCAGGAGUCUUCAAAACAUCAGUAUCUAUUCAAACCCGCCCGAGCUUCUGAGGAAAUAGAUGUAGGGACCACGAUGUGGCUUCAGCCUGGAAAAAUUCAUACAGUUCCGGUCAUCAGCUUGGAUCUAAUUGUAUUACCCGGUCAAAUGGUGCCUAUGCAAAUUCAUAACACGGUAUCUCGCUCCAUCGUACAAAGAGCUAUUGAUGGCAAGAGCUAUCUCGGGUUAUUACCAAUCAUUCAAGGCGAAACGGGCAUGAACAAAGAGCGAUACGGGAUUUUAUUGCAGGUAAACAAAUACUUGAGUGACGGUCUGACUAUGAAAGUUCAAGCAAUUGGUCGACAGCGAUUUCGUGUUAUCUCUGUGGAUAACGAAACUUCGAGCACGUCAAUGGCUAAAGUGGAAGUUUUGUGCGAUCAUACACGAACGCCGCUGUUACAAGCGAUAUGUCCUUCAAAAGUCUGGAAAUUGUCGGAGAAAAGAAAACUGGCCAUUCUAUCCGAGAUGUCCAAUAUUCCAUCAUUUGUUGCAGAUAAGACGAAUUUGGACAAUCAAUGUGAGGAGCUCGGAUCUUGGAUGAAAAUGUGGUUUUCCAGUGAUAAAAUACAAGGAGCUUUGGAUUUGGGCACAAUCAGCUUCAGUUAUUGGGCUGCAAGGAAUAUUCCCAUGACUUUAUCUGCCAAAUACGAACAUUUAGUGGAAGAUGAAACCAACUUGCGAGUCGCAUCUUUACUGAAUUUAGUUGAUCAGAUGACUGAUCUGGUGUGUCGAGGAUGUGGCUUGUUAAUUUGUAGUGUUCGUGAUAUUGUCAACAUGAACAGUGAAGGAACGAGCUCUCACUUCGUUAACAGCGGUCAGUAA